CUCUUUAUUCAUUACCCUCCUCAACUCUCGCUGGAUCACCCACCGGUUUGACUUGGUGAAAGAUCAUCCUAAUUCACCUUUCGCUCUCUCUCUCUUGAGCAGCCUUCAGCAAGUCCCUCUUAGACUGCAUCCUGAUCCAGAACGCUUACCCUCUCUCAUCCUUCCGGAAACCGAGUGGUGGAAAUGUCUCACUGAAUUUGUGGACUUUACCCAUACGUGGUCAAUCGCGUCCGCAACCUCCAUUGCAUGGGUCAUUGUCGCCUAUAUCCUGACAGUUGCCAACUCACUAUCGAACGUUUAUGCAAACCUUCAAUCCAGCGGAGAGGCCAGUGGCUCAAUGUGGUUGUGGUUGAUUCUGAUAGUCAUCGGAUGGCUGCUGCUCUCCCCAAAAUGCGACUCAAACGCUUACAAGCUGCGAACAACAGACAUUUGUCGUGGUGUCGGGGCGCUUCCUGCGUCAUCCCGGCGAGCGUUGGCAAUAACUGCUACAGGGAAUGAUGUGAUGUCACCAGAUGAACUCUUCACCCCUCCGGUGUUCAAUUACUCGCGUUCGCUGCGAUGGGCAUCUACAGCAGAGACUGUCUACAUGGUGUUCAAAGAGGACUUAGAGGCGUCAGAGAAGGUUCAUCUUCCCGUUUGUGGGAGUGAUGGGGACGGAUCUGGUAUUAAUGACCCUACCGACCACAUCGAGUCCAUCCCAUACAUCGACACUAUGCAAGACAUCCACGACAAAGGCCAACGCGGGUCCCUCCAAUACUUCCUUUUGUACUGCACAGAACCCGACGGGGUGCAGAGUCAAUGCAGCCAUUGGGCACCUGGUGUGUUCACAAGAAUGUUCAUUGCUUCCUGCACUUCGCUUGCAUUACAAUGGGGGACAAUCGGAGCGGCAUUUAUGGUGGGGUGGUUCACUCCUACAACAAAACUUGGGUGUCGAUCUUUGGGUUAUCUCCUUUACGGAGUCAUUUCGACAUUAGUUUGGAUGAUGCUUCUGAUAUCCAGUAUUCUCGCCCACUCUGCCGCCGCCGACCCUCGCCGAGCAUCGCUAUCUACACGUGUUGCUUUGGCGUUUUCGCACAUUAUGCGGUGGACGGGCAAAUUGUUUGCCAUAUUAAACUUUUUUUUGGUGAUUAUGGCGUCCGUACUUCAGUACUCCAGCUUCUACGAUAGGUGUUUCUGCAAUUCCAGCGUGUUUGGCAGGGGAGGGGCAGCGUAUAUUGUCAUUCUCGAAACCGCAGCCCAAGCUGCACAGGCUAAGAAUGCCUGGAUCGCUGCGCUUGUCUUAGCGUGUACAUCAGCAGCAGCUUUCCUUGGUAUUCUGGGCCUUUUGUUGGACACUCUACCAUCUCUACCAUCAUAGGCAAUUGGGAGGCGUAGCUUAUGUUGUGAGGCCAUUUGUAGUAGUACUGUGUUCGAA